UAUCGUUAUUUUUUUUUUAAAUGUAGCAAGCUAAUGGGCACCUACGUUUAGUGAUAUGUGGUUAACUCGACGCUUUGCUAAUUCCCAAGCCCGCUCGGUACUAAGCCUAUGCACGUAGUAUGGUGGAAGAAACAACGUACCAACUGGGUGUGUUUACAUCUGUUAACUACAAUAGAGCACUGCUAGCUGCUAGACUCCAGCGGCGUCACACGUCCAACAACCCCGCAGCUGAUAAGAGACACUGCCGGCUGUUUUCAUAAUAGGUGACUUAUUAUAGGUUAAAGAAAAGACAUCCCAGUCAGCCUCCGCUAAUUCUGCCAGCGGUCAUAGAAGUGGCUGUCCGAUGCCUAAUACGUCAGAAGGUCAAGGAGCAAACCUAUCUGGGCCAGCAGAACCGUCGGGGCUGCAAAGGCCCUCUGAUGGGGAGGAGGAACGCGGUCUGAUCAGCUCCCUUGCCCGGGACGCUGCGAGAGUCAGGAGGGCUUCGAGUGCAGAACUCCACCUGCCGUGGACCUGCCCGGUCACACACUCCCGUGAGAAGUUCUACACCGUCUGCUCCGAUUAUGCUCUUCUCAACCAGGCUGCCUCUGUGUACUGUCCCCCAAAUGCAGCCAGGGACAUUGUCCCGAAAAAGCAGGAUGAGGGGCUGUCCCCUGUGAAGCCCAAACACGCCGCUGACUUCAGCGCUGGCCAGUCUGGAGGGGCCCAUGUGGGAUCAGAUGGGGACUGUGACAUGGUGGAAGGGUCCUCUGGCCACACUAAACCUGUCUUGGCCUGGGAGAUUGAUACCACAGACUUCAACGCUGUGCUCACAAGAAAAAUAAGAACAAGCAAUGUGAAGAAGUGCAGCACCAAGAAGAUGAAGUCAUCAGACAGACCCAGCCGGAAUCUGCAGGACGUCCCACCUCACGCCUCGCUGGACGAGAUCAAAGAGAGAAAAGUGCUCGACCUCAGAAGAUGGUACUGCAUCAGUCGGCCACAGUACAAGACUUCAUGUGGAAUCUCUUCCCUGGUGUCCUGCUGGAACUUCUUGUACAGCACUCUGGGUGCAGGGAGUCUACCACCCAUCUCUCAGGAGGAGGCUCUGCAUAUUCUGGGUUUUCAGCCGCCUUUUGAAGAAAUCAAGUUUGGCCCUUUCACUGGCAAUGCUACACUCAUGCGGUGGUUCAGACAAAUCAAUGACAAUUUCCGGGUGCGAGGUUGCUCCUACAUUCUGUACAAACCACAUGGAAAAAACAAGACCGCAGGAGAGACCGCUGAAGGAGCGUUGAUGAAACUGACGCAAGGGCUGAACGACGAGUCUAUGGCCUACAUCUACCACUGCCAGAACCACUACUUCUGCCCGGUGGGCUUUGAAGCUACGCCACUCAAAGCAGCAAAGGCUUACAGGGGCCCUCUCCCCACAAACGAAAUGGAGCACUGGAUCCUUAUUGGCGAGCCCAGCAGGAAACACCCAGCUAUUCACUGUAAAAAAUGGCAGGACAUUGUGACGGACCUCAACACACAAAAUCCAGAAUACCUGGACAUUCGUCACACAGAGAGGGGGAUCCAGCGCCGCAAAACCAAAAAGGUGGGUGGCAACCUGCACUGCAUCAUGGCCUUCCAGAGGGUGAACUGGCAGAAGCUCGGCCCCUGGGCUCUGAACCUGGAGAACCUACGCCACGACUUCCACCACCACGGCACAGAGCGGGCGCACGGAAGCGUCGCUGAGGAAGCCGAGGAGAGAGCAGCAUCCAAGCGCCUGGCCUACCUGGGGCGCUCGCACAGUAUGGGCAGUCAGAAAGACAGCAGCUGGAAACGCCUGUCCAACACUACAGAGUACAGACAGAGGAGCUCCCCUGACAGCGACCUCGAAGAAGACAUCACAGACUGAAAAGGUUUAUUGGGACACAUG